AUGAAUUUGCAUAGACCAAACACAACGGGAACAUUACUUCAACAAUUUCCGGAAGAAUUAAAUAUGACGGCUGAGAAAAAAUCAAAUGAAACGUAAACGUUCGACUAUUUAUGUAUUUGAUUAAAUUUAUUAACUAAAGUUUAUGAAUGAUUUAGAGAGAUACCGGUUUUGUCAAAACCCAAUUUUAGAUUAAUACAACAUUCAUCCGAAAUUGCGAACGGAUUUAUAAUUGUCGACGGUAUUAAAACGCGUGUUGAUAGGUGGAUAAACGGAGAACCUAUGUAGGUACACGUUUUCUAUCAAUAGUUUAUUAUUAAUUAUAUGACUAUUUAAAACGUAAUUAUUAUCAUAAUAAAUAAUACGAAGUUUAAUUGUUUACUUAUCAUUAGAAUAUUUAAAAAAUUAGUAUAAAAAUAUAAUUAUAAUCUAACCAGUUAAUAUUAAAAUGUGUUAAAUUUUAUGUUUAACUUUAAGACUUGCGACCAUGAUAGAAAUGGUUCCUAUUAUAUUUUGACUAAAUUUUUUUUUAGAUUCAGCAUAGCGCAACUUUUUUACCAAUAAUUUUUCUCCAAUUUAAGUGUAGCAACUUUUCUAAAAGGAUCAGACUUGGGGACGUUCUUUAGGGUGGUCAUUUUUCGAUUUUCUCACCAAAUUCACAAAACAAAUAAAAAAAAAAAAAUCGGGAAUUGUACUAAGUAUAAUUAUAAAAUAUUAAAAUUUUUUAAAAUUGAGAUAAUUUUUUUUUUAACAACUUUGCUCAGAUUUACAAUGACAGCACUUUUCAUAAAAAAAAUUCUCUUAUUUCUAUAAGAAGUAUUUUUUUGACUUUCCCCUGAGCUUCCCCCCUCAUUUUUACAAAACAUGGUAAAAUCAGUAAAAUUGUAAGAGAAUCAAGAUAAUUUUUAAAACAUUUGAGAUAUUUUAAAAAUAUAGUAGAUAUUUAAAUUUUGCGAAUUUUUAUUUAGUAGAUACUUUGCGAAUACAAUUAUGCGGAAUAAACAGAAAUGCCUGAAAAUUUGACUGGAUUUUCAUUAUAAAUCUUAUUUAGUAGUAAAAAAAAAAAAAAUCGAUCGUAACGUAAUAUUCUUAUAUUUUUUAUAAGAAUAUCAGAUUUUAGAUUAGGUUCGGCUUUUCAAAUCAUGUAUAACCGAAAUUAGCAUCGAAACGUUUUUCGUAAUAUUUCUGAAUAUUAGAAAAUAUUAAGUUUAACAACACAUCAUGUGUUUUAAAGGGCACCAACACGAACAUUUAGUAACGUGAGUUGCAUUAUGAAAGAACCAGUUGGCGCUUCACAGGUAACAUUGCCUCCACUUCCAUAUGGAUGGAAAUCAUUGGAACCUACUAUACCACGCAAUAUGAUGGAAUUAAACCCCGAAAAUAAUCAUUCUUCUAAUGUUGUCAAUUAUAAUAAGGCGGUGGCCAAAUUUAAGCCGUCUUCUGUGUCAAGUGAAUUAAAACAUUCUAACUAAUUUACGAUAUAAAUAUAUUACUUACUAUCAAUGUUGUUUAACAGAUCACUCCCUUACAAUGUUAGAAUUAAUAAAUGUGUUGAAAUUUAAUAUUGGUGACCAUAUCAAUCGCACGUUGUUUUGGAAUAGUCGAACACCACAUCCGACCAAACCGUCUUGUAAAUAUAUAAUCAUUAGAGUUUUAGUAUAUAUCUAUUGGUCUAAUGAAAAUUAGUUUGAAUAAUAGAAUAAAACGUUACAUAAUUAUUUAAUAAUUUAUUGUCUUUAGUUGAAUUACAAAACGCUAUAGUUGAAAGCUUUAGAUUAUUGGAAGAAUUUAAAAAGACACGAUCUUCCGUAUUUGUUUCAAUUCAAGGUUUGGGAUGGGGUUGGCUGGUAUUUGAUCCUAAUGAACAAAACCCAGAGUCGAAGAUCAAAUUAAUUUUAAAUCAGAAGAUUAUCUAUAAAAAUGGUUAGAUCAUCUUAUCUUAAAAUUGUUCUUAUAUUUUUAUAUUUGUUGAAUCAUUUUGUUUUUGUUUUGUGUGCAGAAAUUAUUCGUCUGUUUGGAUACGACAUUUGGGAACAAGAAUACUUUUUGCAGUACAAAAAUGUACGUGUUCAAUAUGUCAAUGCCAUGUUUGUGGUUGUAAAUUGGACAGAAGUAUCCGAUCAAAUUUCUAAUGCUAAACGAAUUUUAUUUGCUUUUGUGGACUAA